UUUCAAGAGCUCGUGAGUGGUGUUCCGCUGGCUUGACACUUUUGAUUUUUAUUCAUAAAAAUAAAAAUUAAACAUAUUUUUUCAAUUUAUAUUCUUAGCUUGAUAUGGUCUGAAGAAAGUGUUUAAGAUUAACCUUGUUUCAUCUAUUGAGAUUAUUAUUCAUUUGAAUUACCAAAACUUAUUGCCAUGAAUCCCUUUGUUACUCGAUCGACAUCGAAUGUUUUUAGCUUUAGAACGUUAAAAAAAAUUGUAUCUAAAUAUUGUUACUCUACAACCUCUAAAGUAACAGAAGUUCCCAAUGAAUUAGAAGUAGAAGAAAUACCUCAGUAUGAAGUAGAAAUCAAAUUUACGGAGGAAGAAAUUGAAAAAAUGCGAAAUGUGUCGGGAUUGGCUCCUCAACAUAGAAAUAUCAUACAUGAUAAAAAGCCUUAUAAUAACGCUCCAGAAACCUACCACAAUUCAGUUUGGUAUAAAAAAAAACUUAUCGGUAGAUAUGGAUUAGAAGCAGCUGAAGUAAAUCCUGCUAUUUGUUGGCCAACUAAAGAUGAUAUAUUAGAUUUGCAAGAGUAUGAAAAAAUUGAAUAUCCAGAUAAACUUCAGGAAUUAUGGAAGAAAUUUGAAAAUGAUAAAAUUGAAGCUAAAGAAAAAAUAAGAAAAAGGGAAGAAGAAAUUGAUAAAACUGUAGCUAAUUUUGAUAAGUGGCAAGCUGAUUUGGAAUCUAAAAUCCAAGCAAAAGAAGCUGCUUUACUGCUAUCUAAACAGCAAAGACAACGGGCCCUGGAUGAAAUGCGUGAGCAAUAUGGAUACAGAAUUGAUCCCAAUGAUGAAAAGUUUAAGGAACUAUUGGAAAAGAAAGAAAAGGAAGAUAAGAAAAAGAAAAAGCUACUGAAAAAGCAACUGGCAAAAGAAAAAGUGUUGAAAUUUUUACAAAAAAAAGAAGAAGAAUCAAAAAUGUCUAAAGAAACUGGAUCUAAUUCAAAUGACAAGAAGGAAGAUACGUUGAAAUGAUGAAAGCAAUAAAUCUAUAGAUAAUAAGAAAUCAGAUCAAUAAAAUAAAAUGUUGUAUAGUUUGUUAUGAAUAAAAAAAAAAGUAUCUA